AUGCCCCGGAGCCGUCAAUCUGCAAGCCAAACCCCGGCAUAUCAACAAUUGGAUCCUCCUCGCUGGUGGGAAUUCAGAAAUCGUCUUGUCUCAUCGUCUCCGCUAGCAGCCCGCCGCGGGCGCGAGAUCUCGGCGAACGGCUUCAGUCCAGUCCAAUCGUGGCUGAGUAUGCUGAGGCUCAACUUGACAGCGCUUGCUCAACCGCCGAGAUUCUUGUCACGCAAUUGA